GAGGCAGAAAAGAAAGAGGGUCAGAGUGAGAGCCAGAUGCAAGCCAAAAUGAUGGAGGAGCAGAAAAGCACUGAGUAAGCAGAGAGAGUUGGUCUACAAAGACAAUGGAGCGGCUGCACAGAGAGCAGUGCAGCCGGCAGAACAUGCAGCCCCAGAGGGAGAGGUGGAGAGAGACAGCAACCAUCUGAGAGGCUGAUGGCUUCCCUGUUCCUGGCUCCAGCCCCCGUGCCUCCUGCCUGCGCACUCUUCCCGGUGUUCAAGAAGGCGAGCCCAAAUGGAAAGCUCACCGUCUAUCUGGGAAAGCGGGACUUUGUGGACCACAUCGACCUCGUGGACCCUGUGGACGGUGUGGUCCUGGUGGAUCCUGAGUACCUCAAGGAGAGGAGAGUCUAUGUGACACUGACCUGCGCCUUCCGCUACGGUCGGGAGGACCUGGAUGUCCUGGGCCUGACCUUUCGCAAGGACCUGUUUGUGGCCAACGUGCAGUCCUUCCCGCCGGCCCCCGAGGACAAGAAGCCCCUGACGCGGCUGCAGGAGCGCCUCAUCAAGAAGCUGGGCGAGCACGCCUACCCGUUCACCUUUGAGAUCCCUCCGAACCUCCCGUGCUCGGUGACGUUGCAGCCAGGGCCUGAAGACACAGGGAAGGCCUGUGGUGUGGACUAUGAAGUCAAAGCCUUCUGUGCAGAGAACCUUGAGGAGAAGAUCCACAAACGGAAUUCUGUGCGCCUGGUCAUCAGGAAGGUUCAGUAUGCCCCGGAGAGGCCUGGCCCCCAGCCCACAGCCGAGACCACCAGGCAGUUCCUGAUGUCAGACAAGCCGUUGCAUCUUGAGGCCUCCCUGGACAAGGAGAUCUACUACCACGGAGAACCCAUCAGCGUCAACGUCCACGUCACCAACAACACCAACAAGACUGUGAAGAAGAUCAAGAUCUCGGUGCGCCAGUAUGCAGACAUCUGCCUUUUCAACACAGCCCAGUACAAGUGCCCUGUGGCCAUGGAGGAGGCCGACGACACGGUGGCCCCCAGCUCCACGUUCUGCAAGGUCUACACGCUGACCCCCUUCCUGGCCAACAACCGGGAGAAGCGCGGCCUCGCCCUGGAUGGGAAGCUCAAGCACGAAGACACGAACCUGGCCUCCAGCACCCUGUUGAGGGAAGGAGCCAACAGAGAGAUCCUGGGCAUCAUCGUUUCCUACAAAGUGAAAGUGAAGCUGGUGGUGUCUCGGGGCGGCCUGUUGGGAGACCUUACGUGCAGUGAUGUGGCCGUGGAACUGCCCUUCACCCUAAUGCACCCCAAGCCCAAAGAGGAACCCCCACAUCGAGAAGUUCCAGAGAACGAGGCACCAGUAGAUACCAAUCUCAUAGAACUUGACACAAACGACGACGACAUUGUGUUUGAGGACUUUGCCCGUCAGAGACUGAAAGGCAUGAAGGACGACAAGGAGGAGGAGGAGGAUGGUACUGGCUCCCCACGGCUCAACGACAGAUAGACUGGGCCGGCCCACCCCUGGCUGCUCCGGGUCCUCUCUCCCGUACUCGGCCGCUCAUUUGUCUUCUCCCUGUCCUGGUGCCCCGCCCCCUUCAUUCUUCCAGUUUCUGCCAGGGGGCCCAGUGGUCUUCCAGGCUGUGGUGGUGAGCCUCCGGCCUCAGGGCGGCCCGCACCACCAUAGCCCUCUCACCGCAGUCAUCUUCCCAUCCCCCUCUUUUCCUGCUGACCCCCAGAGAGGCCUCCGUGGCUCUGGCCUCGGAAUUUGACCUGGGAUGGGGAGCAGGGGGGAGCACAGGGCACCGGGCUUGGAAGGGUGGGGGUGCGGGGUCAAGACUGUGAGAGAAUGUCCAGGGCCCCAGGUGGUUAAUACAGUCUGGCAGCUAAAGGAUGACCAUGUCGAAGGCCACCGUCUUCUGGCCGGGCCGGCAGCCUGUGGAUGGAUUCUCAAUGCCUGUUUGCAGCUCUGACCCACUAAACACCUUCUCCCUUCCACGCCCAUCCCUGCCCUGUGUCCCUCUGCGUCUGACAGUGACAUUGGCAUAAACCCCAGGAGUGGAGAAAAGCAACUGGACUUUCUUACCAGCAGUUACCUAGUCGAAGGCAAGCAGUGUGGACUAGCCCAAGUGUAUCUCAGUGUUGUCAGGGUGUGGUCUCCUAGCUACCGGCAUCUUACGCAUGCUGUCCUACGAAUAAACAUGUGUCGAGAGAGACAGUCAGGAAAGGUCUUCAGAAAGGACCCCCACCCCCGCUCCCAGGCGGGAUGAGCUGCAGCUGCAAAGGAGGUGUCCUGAAGGGUGGCUCUGAGAGGUGGGCGCAGGGCCGGAAGGGGAGAGUCUGCCCUGCUCCCUUUUAUGUACUCGCAGCUGGUGAGCCCAUGGGAAGCAAGGCUGCAAGUCCAGAGGGGGCUAGGGGCACCCGUGUCCUCCUCCCUCCCCUUGCAGUUCUUCGGGGUCAGGCUGGACUGGCUCUGCAGGCUGGGAGCCAGUGCCAGAGGCCACCAUGCCCACAGGCAAAAGGGGUCCUUCCUCAGAAGGUGGCAGGGUCCUUUGGGAUACCUUCACCUAAAAGGUAGGGGGCUACCGGGUAGCAAGGAAUCCCUCAUUUCCUUGGGGAGUUGAUGACCCCCUCAGUGGUUCCCAGUGCCAUGGGAACCCUGUACCCAUUGGCUGGUGUUUGGUUGACAUCUGGGGUGUUUCCAGGGUAACAGGGUGGGCAGGGGAUGAGGUAGAAAGUGUUCGAAGGUCUCUGCUGUUGUCUGGUUUCUGCUGCUCACUUACUCUGUGUUCUUGGACAAGUUCCUUUCCCUUUCUGGGCCUCAGUUUGUCACCUAGAAAACCAAGGGGUUUCACCCGAUGAUCACAAAGGGCCCUCCCAGGUCUGUCCUCCAAGAACUUGUGAACAUUAAAGUUUCUGGCUUAGUGGAUGGAGCCAGAGCCGCUGACUCUGUUCUGUGCCUCCAGAGGGGACUCACUGGUCAGCCCCUGGAGGCGUCAGGGCCAUGGAGAGUUCUGCUUCCCCACGGCAGGCCUGGGCAGGAUCCUUGCUGGGCCUCUAGGGGGUUGCCUGACGUCAAGGUGUGGCCGUAGGUAGCACGAGCUGCCUGGCCCUGGGGCCUGAGUAUGACGAAAGGACAGAGUUUGCAUUUGCUGAGCUUUCAGUGGGGCUGGAGGGCUGCUGGUAACAGGGCCUCCAGUGACUCACAGCUGCUCUGGAUGUAGACACCUGAGCUGCACCUUAUACCCAAGCAAGUACAUUGAUUUAUGGGGCAGGGGCUCUCCCCUCAAUUUCUGCUUCCUUCUCUCUCUAGCCCAUGCUUGCCUGAAAAGGGAGACAACAAAAUUUUAUUACACAAGUUGAAUCUCAACACAUUUCAGUCCAGGCCCUCCUGGGGGGGCCUGGGCAGCCAUUUCCCAGGGUGAGAUCACCAGCUCCAUUCCUGGCUCUGCAUCAAGCCCUUCCUGUCUGCCUCUCACGAAGACUCAACCCUAGGGAACCCUACUCAGGUGAGAAUCAAGUCAGCUUGGACAGUCACACCCCCUGGCCAGUCCUGGGGUCCUAGUUGCAGGUGCACCUGGCAUCAAGCCCCCACCAGAGCUGGCUGGGCGGUUUGCACUUCAUCGGGCAGCUCAGGAGCUGAUGAACAAUGGAACAAUGCGCCACAAGCAUGUGGGUGCCAGGGUCUUCCUCGGGAACCUCUGGAGCUGGGAUAAGACUCUUCUGGAUUUGGGGUAAUCACUCUGCUCCUUCAUCCUCCUCCUUCAUCCCCAACCUGUGCACACGAAAGACUUGCCACUGGUUUCCUGAGCUUCCACCCCCUCGACAUCUCCCUCACCCUUUCAGGUUUAUCUCUGUGGUUACCCAAAAUUUCUCCAGCUGCAGGGAGCAUCAUAGCCCCAUCUAGCCUUUUACUCCUUGGGUGCAGGGCUGCAGAAGGGCAAUGGUCAAGUUCAUUUGAAUUUGGCUUAACCAUCCUCAGCUGAUACCUUAAUUGCUCAGUGCGAGCACUGGAGACACAGAGAUGGGUCAGUCCCAGGCACUGUCCUCAGGAAGCUGCUGGUCGGGGAAAGUCAUGGGGGAAGAAUGGGGCCAUUUUAUUCAUGGCCCCAGGGCCACUGCUCAUCCACAUAGUGCCUUGAUGUGAAUCAGGAGCAGGGCCCCUUCCAGGUGGACUCAGCCUACUCUAGAAUGGACAGCUCUGUGAACUGUGCCCAGGCUGGAGUCCAGCCCCUGGGCUGGAUGCCUCCCCGGCAAGCCCUGUGCUGCAGCUCGGGGGCAUUCAGACCCGUGAUUCUUCUGGCCUCUUCCUGCGAGAAAGGCCCAGAUCCUCUUCCCAAGCUUCUGGUUGGCUCUAGACCCCUGCAGCCCCCAGACAUGACUGGGUCCCUCUCUGCAGAGCCCCUCUCCAUCUGGCGUCAGGUGAGACCCCGGAGUGAAACUGGGGGUUGGGGGCGCCCACUGGGCCCCAGGCCCCAGCCCAGUGUCAGUUCAUUCUGUGCACACAGUUGGGGCCGGUGCCGAGCACAUAGUGUCGCACUGGGACCCGCCAGUGGGCACGGGGGUGGCAUGUAGGUAGCAGUUUAGGGUGCAAGGAAGACCGUGGCCCUGAGUGAAAAUCCCCAGGCAGAGGGUCAGCUGGGCUCCUCCACAUUCCAACUAUGAGAAGGGUUCGUCCCCAUGAACCUGAGGACUAGUUAUCUGGCUGGACCCCACCGGCCUCCUCAGCCUCAGGGGCACUGUUUCAGCUGGGGUGUCGCUCGUAAGCUGGUUCCCACAGCACUGUGAAAAGCAUGCUGGCCUGGAAGCCCACAGUGCCUCUGUGUCCUCAUUGUUGUCACCCAGCUGAGUAGCCUUGAACAAGUCACUCAACCCCUUGGGCUCGGUUUCCCUGGCUGUAAAAUGGGACAGCAAUCCCUUCCCCACUUGCCUCUGUAAAGUGCAAACGGCCGCACAGGCCGUGGCCCUGCUACUUCAGGGGAGCAGCUCAAGGUCACACAGGAAGUUUGCUCUGGCCUUCUGGUCGUCUCAUUUAGGUAGAUGUCAACCAGAAGGAGAUGUAGCCAGGUCUGCUUUGGUGACCCCGCUGAGGGGAAAACAGAGACACUAUUCAGGAGUGCCAUGCCUCAGAUAAUGGUCCCAGCAAUCAGGACAGAGAGACAAGACUUGGGUAUUGUCAGUGAUUGGGGCUCUGGGCCCAGGUUGGUGAGAACCCCCAGCCCCCAGCCCCGAAUCAGCACUCCAUCAAAGAAGCUGAGGGUGACGUGGGAUAGAAAUUGCCUGCUCCUUCCCUUCAUGGUACAAGGCCCCUUCCAGGUCAGCCAAAGCUGCCAGUACUUCAUGAUGAUACUUGGGAUGCAUUUGGGAUACGCAGGGGAAACCCAGGCCUCUUACACGUGGUGCUGAGCCGCAGCUGACCUGUCCCCUGGUGGUUCCAGCAGCCUGAGAAGGCAGCUUCUCUCCUGCCAGUGAUGGGGGUGGGACAUUCUCAGCCCAUCCUGGAAGAAGAUGUUAGGCCCCAGUCCUGAACUCUUUCAGGGUCCCAUGGUCAUAGGCCUAUGCCUGUUCUGGUGUUUCUCUUUUUCAUGUCAACAAGGACCAAAACAGACUCCCCCACCCCAGUGCAUGAGCCUGCACCUCGGCCUGGGCAGCUCCACCACUUUGUUCUCCCUCCGGGACCGAAAUGGCCAGGCCAGCCUGCUGGGGCAGGCUCUCCACCUCCGACGCCCCCUUGCAGGGUCGCUGCACCGCGGCUUCACAGAGAGGCCUGUGGAAGGGGAGCGUCCUUCCCCAUCACUCUCUCCCAACCCUUCGCUCCAAAGGGAAGUCAAAGCACAGAUCCCACAGACCCACGAUCUGUAGACACUCUGACACAGUGGUUUUCCCACCAGGUGCUGUGGAACCCCUGGUGUUCCGCAGCACUCUGUCGGGGCUGCUACAGUGGGAAGGGAGGGAUGGAGGCGUGGGGUAGGUCUCCAGCCCUGCCCCCAUUCCCACUCCCACCAGAGCAGCUCUGCUUUUAUCUGUCUUGUCUAUUGAAGUUUCACCUUCAAAGUUUCUUUUGGAGAAAAAAUUUCUUCAAACCACGAUUCGGAGGUUUGACGCUAGACCAGCAGGCACGAGUUCUGCCCUUGCUCUUCACGGCGGAGUGGCUGCCGUGUUCCAGCGCCGGGCACCUUUGUACUGGAGCUCAGGUCACAGGCCCAGGUCAUUCGCUUAUUCACACACACACACACACACAUUUUGUCAUUUGGUGAUUUUGUAGCCCCCUGCCCUGAAGCUUGGGCCUAAGUUUCAUUUGGGCGGGGGCCUGGUGCUCAGUGAUGGGGCGGGGGGCGGGUCAUGAUCCUGACAUUGGUCCAUGCAGCGUGGGGGGCAGUGGGGUGCAGAAACAGGCCCAGCCCUCACCUAGGACUCAUGUGUGUACCCCAGGGGGACACCUAGCUCUCCUGGCCCAGGCAGUGGGAUGACUGAAGGAGCAAUGUGAUGGGAGGAGACACUAGAGUCAGGCUCCUCUUUACAUGUGGACAGGUGGGUGGCAGUCCAGGUUUCUUAGAGGAAAUGCUGAGGCAUGACUUUGCAGCAGAAGCCCCUCCUGUGAGGGCGGGGUCUGCCGAGAGACUCUGCUAGGAUUCCAGUCCCACCUGUGUGGGCAGUCGGGUGUGUGGGCUGCAGGAGGGUGCCUGAGGGAGGCUGGUGCCCCAGCUGCAGUCUCCAGAACUCCCUCCCUGCCAGCCUGCCCCUUUGCCUGGGUCCCUCAUCAGGGCUGAGGGCGGGCACCUUGGUGAGAUCUGGACCAGCCCUCGACCAGAAUCCUGCCCCGCCCCCACGCAGGGCAUUCUGGGUGAAAAUGUGAGGCUCCGGGCACUGCAGGCCACGUGGCGUGGAAGAAAAUGUGCCACCUGCGCUCUACGUUCAGUCCGAGUGUGCCCUGGGAGCCCACUGACCUCAGUGUCUCCGUGUGUACCGUGGGGCUAGUGCCAGGCUCUGCCCGCCUCACGGGAAUUACGGCUGCAAGGGUCGUGGGAGGCAUGGCUCUGAGAGGUGCUUUCACACGAGAAGCGGGAGCCACACAAGCUCGGGGUGCAAUCAUGGCCUGCGCUGCAGAUCAGCAGAGCGCUCGGGGAACCAGUGCAGGGUGCACGGUCCUCCGGAACGUCUCUGCCCGGGGGGGGGGGGGCCAGCCACAGACACUGGGGGCGGGGCGGGGCGGGGGCGCCUGCUCCCACUCAGUGGGAGCCGGCGCUCAGCCUGGUGCACUAACCGUGUGUGAGUCCUGGGCGUGGGGACUGACGGGUGACUGGGACAGCUCUCCGGGUCUGUGGCCCUUCUGUGAAGUGAUUAUUGUGUGACGCCCUCAUUCCUGGGCCACCUACCAGGUUUAUUUGUUGUACCUGUGGCAUUCCUUAUUAUCUCAGAUAAGUUAUUGCAGUUUAUUCAACUCUCACAGGACAGUGAACAAAAGAACUAUAAAUAGGUGUCCAUUAAAGGUCUUUUGUGACAGG